AUGGCGCACGAGACGGACCGCCUGCUGCCCGACGCCGAGUCGGGCGUCCCGCCGCGCGGUGUGCGCGCCGCGCCCCGGAAGCGCGUGCUCGAGGUCGCUGGCGUGCUGCUGCUGCUGCUGCUGCUGGCCGCCGGCGUCGUGCGCGUGACGCUGCGGGACGACCGGCGCGCCCUGCGCGAGCUGUGCACGUCGCGCGCGUGUGUGCAGACGGCGCACGAGCUGAUCCAGGCGCUGAACGAGAGCGCCGACCCCACGGGCGGGUGGCGCGCGGCGCACCCGAUCCCCGACGACGCGGGCCUCUUUGGCGUCGGCCAGUACGUCACCGCGCAGAACGACGAGAUCGUGCGCGAGGUGCUGGCGCGCCCGCUCGAGGACCGCUCGCUCUCGCGCAUGGACCAGAUGAACCUCGCGAUGCUCAAGACGCACUACGCCGCCUGCAUGGACACCCGCGUGAUGGACGCGGCGGGCGCGCAGCACGUCCUCGACUCGCUCGCGGAGCUGCACGGCGUGCUGCAGACGCCCGCGCACAACCUCACCGACGCGCUCGUGUGGCUGCACCUACGCGGCAUGCCCGCGCUCUUUGCCGUGGACAUCACCGGCGACCCCGGCGCGGCGCCGACGACCGCGACGCCGACGGUCGCGCCGGGCGAGCUCGGCCUGCCGGACGCGUCGUACUUUGACGACGACGACGCGCGCGCGUUCUACCGCGCGCAGCUCGUGCGCGCCGUGCACGCGCUGCACGACGUGCACGCCGAGGCCGCACGCGAGCCGCUCGUCGACGCGGUCCUCGACUGGGAGCGCGGCAUGGCGCGCCUGCAGCCGGACGCGGUGACGCUCGCGGACCCCCAGGCGACGUACCACCCGCUGAGCGUGUCCGAGCUGCAGGACCUCGCGCCCGCCAUCGACUGGGCGCGCUACCUGCACGCGAUGAGCCCGCACGUGCAGCCGCACAAGGUCAUCGUCGCGAGCCCCGCGUACCUGGCCGCGCUGAGCCAGCACGUCGCCGCGGCGGACGCGCGCACCGUGCGCGCGUACCUGUACUGGACGGUCGUGCGCACGAUGGGCCUGUACCUCGGCCCGUCGGUGCCGCUCGCGCAGCCCGCGCGCGCGCUGCAGCGCUACGCGGCGGGCGUCGCGGCGGAUGCGCCGGAGGACCGCGCGUCGACGUGCACGGCCGCGCUGAACCGCGCGCUCGGGUACAUGACCGGCCGCUUCUUCGUGCAGGCCGCGCUGCCGCCGGGGAGCAAGGAGGCCGUCGAGGAGCUCGUCGAGCAGAUCCGGCAGGCGUUCUACCGCCGGCUCGCGCAGCUCCCGUGGCUCGACGACACGACGCGCGCGCGCGCGCGCGCAAAGGCGGCGGCGAUCACGGUCAAGGUCGGGUACCCGACGCACCCCGACACGCGGAGCGCGGACGCGGUGCACGCGUGGUACGCGGACCUGCCGGUCGUGCCGUCGUACUACCAGAACGAGAUCCACACGCGCCUCUUCCAGGUCAAGCGCGCGUGGUCGUACCUGGGCGGCGAGCUGAACGCCGGCCUGCUGGGCGACCUCAUGACGACCGAGGUGAACGCCGAGUACAAUGCGGACCACAACGAGAUGGCGUUCCCCGCGGGCCUGCUGCAGAAGCCGUACUUUGACGCGUCGUGGCCGCAGUACCUGCAGUACGGCGCGCUCGGCACGACCGCGGGCCACGAGCUCUCGCACGCGUUCGACCCGUCCGGCCGCCACUUUGACGCGCACGGCGUCCUGCGCGACUGGUGGACGCGCGCGACGCGCGCGCAGUUCGACGCGCGGCAGCAGUGCAUCCAGGCGCAGUACGGCAACUACACGUGGCCCGACGGCCGCGGCGGCGCCGCGCACGUCGACAGCGCGCUGACGCUCGGCGAGGACGUCGCCGACGCGGGCGGCCUCGCGCAGAGCUACGAGGCGUGGCAGCGGCUCGUGCGCACCGGCUCGAUCGACACGCUGCGGCGCAACCGCCGCCUGCCGGGCCUGCAGCACUACACGCAGGAGCAGCUCUUCUUCCUCGCGUACGGCGUCGCGUGGGCGCGCAACAUCCGCACGGGCGAGGCGCUCAAGCGGCUGCGCACCGAUCCACACUCGCCGACCAAGUUCCGCGUGAACGGCGCGCUCGCCAACUUCCCGCCGUUCGCGCGCGCGUUCGGGUGCCGCGCCGGGCACGACGCCAUGGCGCGCGCGGCCGCAGAGCGCUGCGAGAUUUGGUAG